AUGGGCAACGACGCUGGGCCAAAGCUCGAGUCCGCUACCAUGUCGACUGCAAACAUAUCCAACUCUCCUCCCUCCGCCGACCCAGAUGUUACUGCUCCCCAGGGCGAUGACACUGAGGCCUCAACUAUUACUGUCAACACCAAGACCCCGACUGCCAGUUUCCCUCCUCCAAAGACUGACAAGCCCCGUCCCCAUGGAUGUACAACUUGCGGCCGCGCCUUUGCUCGGUUGGAGCACCUGAAGAGACACGAAAGGUCCCACACCAAGGAGAAGCCAUUCGAAUGCCCAGAAUGCAAACGGUGCUUCGCCAGGCGUGACCUGCUUCUCCGCCACCAGCAGAAGCUGCACCAGUCCACAGCCCCCUCGGCCCGUCCUCGCAACCGUCGUGAGAGCGCAAGUGGUGUGACUAUUGGCCAGAGCCGUGCUCGCAAAAACAGCGUCGCUGGUCCGGUCCAGAGCGCCCCUCCGAACCCGGCCUCGAUGAGACCGAGGGCCAAUACCAUUAGUGUUGUUGAUGGCGCUGCCAUACAGAUGAUGGCCGGUGCUGCCAACGGAGGACCAGUUGCCCGGAUGCCGCCGACCCACAGUCGUCACGACAGUCUUAUCGGCCUGCCUUUCCAUUACUCCCACAACCAAUUUCCGGGCAUGUCUUCGGUUAUGGGCCACCGGGGCGUGCAGCACGGACUUCCCAAGCUGGAAACAAACGGCCUGAACUACGACCAGGGCCUUCGCACAGCACCACCUCAUGCUAUUUUCCGCCACGACUUCAUGGACAACCUAUUUAGUGCCGCCCCAACAAUUGAUCCCCAGGCUCUCCAUGUGGGCAUGGAGUCUCCACAGUCAAUCGGUGUCGAUCCUCUCUCACCCGUUUUCCAUGGCCUGCCGGAUUUGUCGUCUCACGCCGCUCCUUUUGGGUUGGAGGACUUCUUGAUCACAGAUUUUGGGCAGCAGCUGACCUUCAACAAUUUGAAUGACAAUGCUGUCGAUGGCUCAUCUUCCUCUGCCAUCAGCACGGCAAGCCCUGGUGGCAUGAGCGACGCUAUGAUCGAUGGUUCCAAUAAUCCCGCUUCAACAGCGCCGGGUACAUCCUCGGCAUGGGCACCGGCCAUGGUCUCCCCUCAGAUGGGAAACCCUUUCAACAUCGACUUUCCCAGCCAUGUUUUCCCUGACCUCAUGACUGGGGCCCCGGUGUCCCCGCAUCCAAUGCAGCACGGCAUGUUGAACGACGCCUAUUUCACGCCACCACCCUCGUCGAUGAACUCGGGCUCGCCCUCGGUGAUGACGGGCCUGAAUGCUCAGAACAUGAACCAAACGUUGAAUUUUGGUCACGGCCCGGAGACGCCGACUUCGAUCAAUGGUAGUACUCAUGGCACCUCACCCGUCUCGACAAUAACUGAUUCAACAAGAAACGCCAUCCUAGGUGCCCUGUCCACAGCCUCGCUGGGCUCGUCUCUCGCCAACCGCAGAUCCUCGUUCUCGGUUCAUCCCUCGCCUUCAUCCGCGCAUGCCAAGGGUUCGCCGGACCCCGCCAACAACCUGCCCAGCACGCAGAAUCUGCAACGAUACGUCGCCGCCUACCUAACUUAUUUCCAUCCGCAUCUACCGUUCCUUCACAUCGCGACCUUGUCCUUCGAGAUCCCAGCCCGACCGGCAAAGAAUGACUUGGGCAGUAUUGGUGGAUCUGCAUGCCUGGUGCUCUCCAUGGCUGCAAUUGGCGCCUUGUACGAGAAAGAGCAUGAGCGCGCUCGAGAACUGUUUGAGAUGGCCAAGAAGAUGAUUCAGACUUACUUGGAGCAGCGAAGGAAAGCUAACGUCCGAAAAGCCGGGUUCCGAGGAUCCUCGUCUGAGCAAGACGUACAAGGAUCCCAAGACGGUUCGACAGAUACUCCUGUGUGGCUCGUUCAAUCAAUGCUUCUCAACGUCGUCUACGGCCACAGUUGCGGAGACCAGUUGGUGGGUAAGAUUGCUGAAACACACUGUGCUGCGCUUGUCAGCUUGGCCCAGGGAGCUGAUCUACUGCGUCAACCACAAUCCCGUGCCGAGCAAGAUAUCCAGAUGAGUGAUGGCUCUGACGAGCAUGCAGAAUGGUUGAGGUGGAAAGCUGCGGAGGAGCGAAAGCGUACCCUGUACACUAUUUUCAUCCUUUCCAGUCUGUUGGUAUCUGCUUACAAUCACUCUCCCGCGCUCACCAACUCGGAGAUUUUACUGGAAUUGCCGUGCGACGAGGAAUUUUUCGAAGCCGAAACAAGUGCGGUUUUCAAUGCUCGUGGGGGUGUUAGCGGAGCGAACCACAAUCGCGUCACUUUCCAUGACGCUUUAGGGGACUUGCUGCGUACAAACGAGAAACAGCGCAGGCUUUCCAUGCACAGCGGACACCUGUCUGGGAACAUUUUCGGUGCUAGCGACCUCCCACCAUCGACGCUCAAGCCCAGCACUUUUGGCUGUCUUAUUUUGAUCAACGCCCUUCACAACUACAUCUGGGAAACGCGGCAGAGGCACCAUAGCAACGUCUGGACCAAUGAGGAAACGGAAAAGAUGCAUCGACACAUCGAGCCUGCUCUCAAGGCCUGGCACGCAGCAUGGUCGAGCAAUCCUCACCAUUCUGCAAAGCGCCCCAACCCUUCCGGCAAGGGUCCUUUGUCUGCAGAUUGCAUACCCCUGCUAGAUUUGGCUUACGUGCGUCUUUUUGUGAAUCUCUCCCGCUCCAAGGGUCAGUUUUGGGAACGUGAUUGGGACGGUAUGGCGGAAGAACUGGCUCGCGGAAGUGAGAUUGUCCAGCACGCCGAACAGCCUUUCUUAGGCCCGGAGCCUGGUGUGACUGACAAUCUUGAUCAUAUGGACACUACGGGUGCCGCUGCUGGUUUGCUGGAUAAUCACUCGGGCCAAUCUCCCAUGCAGCCGUCCUUGGCUAAUCGGACCACAUCACGACGGGAGAAGCAUUUGCGGAAAGCGGCUUACUUUGCGGCCGACUCUUUGUCAACAUCUGACAGAUUGGACGUGACAUUUGCCGAUUUCACUCGGCUGGAACUGCCUCCGCAGUCUGCACUCUGUGCAUUUGACUGCGCACAGGUCUUGGCUGAGUGGGUAGCAACACUACAGGAUAGGGUUGGUCAAUAUUUAGGCAUUUUGGGUCAAGACGAGGUCGAGCUCUUCCAGGUUCCCGCCAUCAUGCUUCUGGAAGAUGAGGACGUUCAGCUAUUACGGAAGAUUCAAGAUGUCCUCGAGGGCUUGGAAAAGAAGAUGGGGAUGGAAUUUCUCCAAGGCAUUGCAGGCGGUUACGCAGUCAAGAUAUUGAGAGCCACAGCCCACAUUAUGGCAAAGAGUACUGGGUGGCCUGUCUCUCGAUUGAUGAUUCAAUGUCUCGAAACCCACGCGAAUCACAUCAAGGCCCGAGCGGAGAGAUCAGUCAGACCCGUCGAGUAG